ACCGAAGACUCCUUCUUGGGCUAUAUCUUGGUCUACUUCUUGGUCUAUAUCUGUUUCAAGAGGAAGAGAAGCAUCAUGAACCUCAAUUCCAUCUUCAGCAGGUCACGGCCCAUCCUCUCCUUGUUUCAUGCACCAGGCAACAAGACCUCCCAGAAAGUCCUGACACUCCUGCAACAAGCGCAUGCAGACAGUGAAGCAGCAGCAUCAGGCAAGUCAUUCACCCUUGAAAUCGAAGAAGGCGCACCGACGCCCACCCAACUCCGCUCACUCAUUGAUAUGGCUGGUGCGUCGCAGAUUGCUGAGCUGGUGCCUGGUGCUGUGGACGGUGAAGAUGCAUUGCGUUUGGGCGAGAGCGGGAAGGGUAGAGAUAUCCUGCAACGGCCCGUCGUGGUGGACUGGAAUAACGGCAAAGUCGUCCUCGGCGGCGAUGAAAGCAAGAUCAUGCAGCUCGUCAAGGAACUUAACUAAGAAAGCUAUUUUAGCUAUGAAGCGAUGGUAUCCAUGUAGGCCUUGCGGUAGGCAUUCGUCUCCUCGAGCUCCUUGGUCCUAUUGAGCGG